AUGAAGUUUUCAACUGCUACAGCUGUUUCUGCUUUGGCAUUCUAUUCUGUCAAUGCCGUGGAUGCUUUAACCAUCCAGAACCCAUUCAAUGGUCAGCAACAACCUUUGAAGUUGGAUUUCAAUUACGACAGGUAUGCCUCGCAAUUGUCCCACUUGUUGUUUGACGAAAAGAAGCAAUCGGAAUUCUUUGCCAAAAUUUCAACCCUUUUCAACGAACCUUUGGAAUCUUUGACUCAUGAAACUAAGAAGUUAUGGUCAGAUAUGAUUUUGAACUCGAAGCAAUUUGGUGAUUUGAGAUUCACCAUACCUGGAAAAGCUGGUAAUAUUAUCAAACAACAAUUUGAUUUCCAUGUUAAGGACCAAAAAAUUCCCAACCAUCAAUUGAGAGUGAAGUCUACCCCAGAAGAUUUGGGUGUUGAUUCAGUUAAGCAAUAUUCUGGUUAUUUGGAUGUGGAGGAUGAAGACAAGCAUUUCUUUUUCUGGGCUUUUGAAAGUAGAAACGACCCAAAGAAUGAUCCUGUUAUUUUGUGGUUGAAUGGUGGUCCAGGUUGUUCAUCGACUACUGGGUUGUUUUUUGAAUUGGGACCCUCUUCAAUCAACAAGGAUAUUCAACCUGUGCAUAACCCAUACUCUUGGAAUAACAAUGCCACUGUCAUUUUCUUGGACCAACCAGUCAAUGUCGGUUACUCAUACUCUUCAUCAUCGGUAUCCAACACUGUUGCCGCUGGUAAGGACGUUUAUGCAUUUUUGGAAUUGUUUUUCAAGCAAUUCCCACAAUACGCCAAGUUGGAUUUCCACAUUGCUGGUGAGUCUUAUGCUGGUCACUAUAUCCCUGUUUUCGCUAGUGAAAUCUUGAGUCACUCUGAACGUUCAUUUGACUUGAAGUCGGUAUUGAUUGGUAAUGGGUUGACUGAUCCAUUGACUCAAUACGAAUACUACGAGCCAAUGGCUUGUGGUGAAGGUGGUGAACCAAGUGUUUUGGAACCAGAAGAGUGUCAAUCAAUGACUGAUGCUAUCCCAAGAUGUCAGUCAUUGAUUAAACAAUGUUAUGAAUCAGAAUCUGUUUGGAGUUGUGUCCCUGCAACUGUUUACUGCAACAAUGCCCAAAUGGGACCAUACCAAAAGACUGGUAGAAAUGUUUAUGACAUCAGAACAAUGUGUGAAGGCUCAAACUUGUGCUACGAAGGAUUGGAGUACAUUGACACAUACAUGAACAAGCCAGAAGUUAUGAAAGCGUUGGGUGCCGAGGUUUCCAGUUACGAAUCAUGCAACUUUGACGUCAACAGAAACUUUGUAUUUGCCGGUGACUGGAUGAAACCUUACUUUAAGAAUGUGAUUGACAUUUUGCAACAAGACUUGCCAGUUUUGAUUUACGCCGGUGACAAGGACUUUAUCUGUAACUGGUUGGGUAACCAAGCAUGGACCGACAAAUUGGAGUGGAGCGGCUCAAAGGGUUUCUCAAAGGCGCCAGUUAAGAAAUGGAAGGUUGAUGGUAAGCAUGCUGGUGAUGUUAAAAACUAUGAAAACUUCACAUUCUUGAGAGUCUUUGGUGGUGGCCACAUGGUACCAUAUGACCAACCGGAAAAUGCCCUUGAUAUGGUUAACAGAUGGGUUUCUGGAGAUUAUAAAUUUUAA